AUGGCUGGGGAUGAGGUGGAGGCAGAGAGGCUCAGGUGGAAACACAAGUCUUUCACCCACGUCAUCCUACAUCUCAUGGUGGCCUCUGCCCAGACUUUCCAUAAAGAUGAAGGCAGUGCACGAAUUCCAGUCUGUACUUCACAGACAGGUUCAGCUGGGCAGAGUGCAUCUCCAGGGCUGGGAACAGCCAUGAUCCCGCACCCAGGCACCUCCACGACUCUCUUCACUCUGCUGCCCUUUCCCCAACCUACUCACGGCCCCGCACCCCAGCCACCCUGGGGGCAGCCCCCUCCACCCCUCCUGAAUGCAGCAUUCCCUCCAGGCAGCCACCUCAUACUACCUGCUGCUAUCCCCAGGAUGCCCACGGUGGCAGGAGAUGGUGGCUGCGGCCCAAAUGGGGCUGGGAAUGUCCACAUCAUACUCCAGUUGAGGACAGGAGGGCAGCCGGUGCAGCCCCCCCACUCUCAGACCUUGGUCUACAACCAAACCUGUAUCAGCCUGAAUGCCCCAGGAGGCCUCUGUGGGCCAGGGCAGCACCCUGCUCCCAUAGCAGUGCCUGUGUCUUCCCUGCAGGCAACAGUGCCUGUACCUACCAUGGUGGGAACCCAGGCCAGUCAGGGGCGCUGGCCUCCGGGCUGCCCUCCUCCAGCUCCACCACCAGCUGCCCAGCUGGCCCCCAUGGUCUUCCCAGUAAACAACGGGCCACCAUCACAAGGGGCUGACAGGGAGCACAUCCUGCCUACUCCCAAGGCCCAAGCCUCACCAGACGACCCCUGCAACUCCACCAGCGUCUACGAGAACUUCCGACGCUGGCAGCACUUCAAGGCCCUGGCCUGGAGGCUCCUUCCCCAGAGCCCUGACACAGAAGCUCUGUCCUGCUUCCUCAUCCCUGUGCUGCGGACCCUGGCCCAGAGGAGGCCCACCAUGCCGCUGGAGGAGGGCCUGCAGUUUGCCUUGCGCGAAUGGCAGCACAAGAGCAACUUCGACCGCAUGAUCUUCUACGAGAUGGCAGAAAAGUUCAUGGAGUUUGAGGAAGAGGAGGAGAUGCAGAUUCAGAAGCUGGGGUGGAUGAAGGGGAAACCUUGCCAGCCCCCACCGGUCUCACCAGCACUGCUUCCUCAAGGGCCCCCAGCCCCUGUGGCUGUCCAGCAGCCAGGGUGUGCCUCCAGGAAGGCCAGCUCCAAGGCCCUGCCUGCCUGUCCAGUGCCACCCAGACACCAGGGGCCUCAGGACAAGACACCCAAGGAGGUCCCGCCAGAGGCCGUGAAGGAGUACAUGGAAAUCAUGGACACGUUGCUGGGGCCAACACCCUUGUCCUGGGAGCCUCCCGAUGGCCACCCAGAAGAGGACACAGAUGAAGGUUUCCUGGAGAGUGAGGGGUCAUACCCGGACCCGGAAAUGCUGUCCUACAUCGACAGUCUAUGCUCCCAGGUGGAUUUUGUCACCAAGGCGGAGGCCAUCAUUCACCCCAGAUUCCUGGAAGAACUGCUUUCCCCAGAUCCACAGCUGGACCUCACGGCCCUGUCCAAGGAGCUGGAGAAGGAGGAAGGGCUGACUGCUGGCCAGGUAAAGGACAGAAGGUGGUCAGCAUUAGAGUAG